AUAGUGUGUCCUUUAGGUCGGGGCCUCUGGUAUGGUGGCCUCGUGUGACCAAGUAAACAGUAAAUAGUGACAUAAUUAAGCCAUUUAAACCCCAUGGACCGACAUUUUAGGACGGCAGAAGACUAAGAAGAGAAAGGCCGUGAGAAGAGACCCAAAAAACGACGCCGGACUGAAGGAAGAGAAGGAAAAGGAGACGGAUUCAUAGACAGAUGGAUAUAUUUUAGUAACUUUUCCUCUUUUAGGUCACAAUGGCUCUCUCCCAGGCCCAUCGACCCUCAGCCCUCAAGCAACAGAACAAGAAGCACAGGACCCUAGGGCACCGAUCCAAGGGCAGCAUCUCAAAGGCUAACAGAGGGCGAGUCAGUGCCAAGGCUUUGAGCAAGAAGCUUAAGUUCGACCUCAGCAGAGAACAGCGGAAGAACAAGGCGAAGCAGAUCCGUGCAGCCAAGAAAGAAGAGGCGUUCCUGCGUAAGCGAUCCCUCGGCAGCCACAGCCACCCACCCUUCCUGGUGACGGUGGUGCCCCUCAGCCCCUCCAUCAACCCCAGGACUGUCCUCACCGCCCUCAAGGAGUGUGAUGAGGCGGCCACCAUCACCACCAGUGUGCAGGGCAUCACACACAUCAAUUCACCACGCUUCAAGCAAAGGUUUUCCUUCGUCAUCCCACCUGUCAAUGACCUGUACGCAAUAUUGGACUGUGUAAAGACAAGCGACACAUUGCUACUGCUCUGGCCAGGCGACGAGGAGCUUGGCGGGGAUGCUGACCUCCUCCUCUCAUCCAUCAUGGCUCAGGGACUGCCAACCCCUGUCCACGUCAUCACUGGCCUCGAGGAAAUGGCCCAGAAGGGAGGAGCGGUAGGCCAGGAGAUGGAAACGGAUCAGUUGGAGCAGGACCUCGACACCAAACUCUCCCUCACGCCCCAGCCAGGCCUCCUCAAACCUAAUAGGAAACACCUGUUGAAGCAAAACCUGGCCAAGGAGAUAGAAGUGAGGUUCCCGGGCCCGGCCAAGCUGCACAGCGUGGAGAAGCCUCAAGAUGCCCUGCUGGUCCUGAGACACAUUGGGGCACAGAAACAGAGACCCAUCUUCUUCAGGGACAACAGAGCACACAUCAUGGCGGAAAAACUGGAGUUCAUCCCCGAGGGGUCGACAGGAACACUGAGGAUACACGGCUACCUCCGAGGCCAGCCGCUGUCCGUCAAUGGCCUGGUACACAUCCCGGGCUGGGGCGAGUACCAGAUGUCGAGGAUAUACUCCCGCGCCGACCCUUACCCCCUGGAGCGCCGCGGCAAGGAGGCCACCAUGCCGGACGAAGACCUGCACCUACUGGAAGAGGCAAACCCCGACCUCCAGGAGUCCCUCACGUCAACGAAUGAGGUUGACCCCAUGGAAGGAGAGCAGACUUGGCCAACGGAGGAGGAACUUGCCGAGGCUGAGAAACGGAUGGGGCCCAAGAAGUACACCAAGAGGGUCCCCAAGGGCACCUCGGAGUACCAGGCAGCGUGGAUUGUCGAAAGUGACGAUGAGGGAGGAAGUGUUGGUGACGAUGAAGACGACGAUGAAGAUGAAGAGGACAGCAGCAUGGGGAGGUACACACCGGUGGAUAACAUGUCCCAGGACGGCUGUGACAAAGGGGAAGAGGGCAGUGACGAGGAGGAGGAGGAGGACGAGGAAGAAUAUGAGACGAUGACAGUGGAGGACAAUGAAGGAGCCAACUAUGAUGAGAAGGUGGACUACAAGGAGGAAAUGGAUGCCUUGAAGAAGAUGAGAGAGGCGAGAGAGGACGCCACAUUCCCGGACGAAAUGGACACGCCCCAGGACGUUGCGGCGAGGGUCAGGUUCCAGAAGUACCGUGGCCUCCAGAGCUUCCGCACCUCACCCUGGGACCCCAGCGAGAACCUGCCCGUCGACUACUCCAGGAUAUUCCAGUUUGAGGACUUCAACCGGACGAGAAAGAGAGUCCUGCGGGAGGAGAGAGAGGGAGCGCUGCCGGGUUGGUUCUUGGUGGUGGAGGUGAAGGAGGUCCCACACCACCUCUACAAGGAACACCUGGCCAGCCACUCCCCGCUGGUGGUGUUCGGGAUGCUGCCUCACGAACAGAAGAUGUCCGUGGUCAACCUGGUCAUGAAGUCCCACCCCCAGGGCCACUUCCGCCCCAUUAGGUCCAAGGACCGCCUCAUCUUCCACGUUGGCUUCCGUAGGUUCGCUAAUCAGCCCAUCUUCAGCGAGCACUCCACCGGCAACAAGCACAAGUUUGCUCGGUUCUUCCACCCUGGCAGCACCGUCGUGGCUACCAUGUUUGCCCCCAUCACCUUCUCCCCGGCCUCUGUGUUGGUCUUCCGGCAGCGAGGGGACGGAGCUCAGGAUUUGGUAGCCACAGGAUCCCUGCUGAGUGUUGACCCCAAGAGGAUAGUGACCAAGAGGGUGGUGCUUAGCGGCCAUCCAUUCAAGGUCAACCGCAAGACAGCCGUGGUGCGCUACAUGUUCUUCAACCGCGAGGACGUGCAGUGGUUUAAGCCAGUAGAGCUGAGGACCAAGUGGGGGCGGCGAGGACACAUCAAGGAGCCUCUUGGGACACACGGACACAUGAAAUGCUACUUCGACGGGCAGCUCAAGUCACAAGACACAGUGCUGCUCCACCUCUUCAAGCGCAUGUACCCCAAGUGGACCCUGGACCCCUUCGUGCCUAGACCCCUGCCCCUGUACACCUUCCACUCCGCCCACCACUCUGACAGCGAUGAGGAUGAUGAGGAGGAAGGGAAGGAAAAGAAGAGAGCGGAAGACCAAGAACCAGCCAGCAAAAGGAGUAAAAUGGUUAAAUUCUUCUCGUGAGACCAAAUUUGGGUGUAUAGAUUUUUAGAUUUAUUUAUUAUGCAGUGAGAGAGGAGGAGGAGGGAAAGGAAGAGUGAAGAAGAUCAAGAAAGUACCAAUGAAAAGAAUAAAAUGGUGAAAUUCUACCCCUGAAAUUGUUAUGAAGAGUUGUUAUAUUAUUUAAAAGUUAUAUAUUAGCUGUGUUACCAUCUUGCCACCAAACCAUGACUCCCUUCUUGCUCCUGCUGUGACGGAACCCUCUGAAAAGUCGUAAUAAAUCUUCAGGUCGCUAUUA